CGCGCCGGCCUGCCGCUGACGGAGCAUCGCGCGCGCACGCUGGGCAGUGAGCAGCUAGGACCGAGACGGCAUUAUGGCGGACGGCAACGUGAUUGUUAGGCAGGCAGUCAAGGAAGAUUGUGCCCAGAUCAUGUCUCUGAUCAAGGAGCUGGCCGAGUACGAAAAGAUGCCAGAGGCGGUGGAGAUGACGACGGAGCGUCUGGAGGCGGACGGGUUCCCGGCCGCCGGGUCGCCGGCCUUCAAUUGUCACGUGCUGGAUGGGGGCGGUGCGCUGCUCGGCAUGGCGCUGCACGUCUUCACCUACUCGACCUGGCAGGGCCGCUCCGUGUACCUGGAGGACCUGUACGUGACGCCGGCCAGGCGCGGCCGCGGCCUCGGCCGGCGUCUGAUCGGCGGCGUCGCCCAGUGGGCCGUGAGCGCCGGCUGCGUCCGGCUCAAUUUUUCCGUGCUCGGCUGGAACGCUCUGGCCAAGGAGUUCUACCGGCACAUCGGGGCGGUCAACCUCUCGGAAACGGAGCAGUGGGAGAGCUACCGGAUCAGCGGCCCCGCGCUGGCCCGGCUGGCCGAGGCGGGCUGCGGACACCGGUAGUCGGCCGACGGGGUCGAGCCGAGACGAAAGCGACCCCGGGUAGGUCCUGGCAUCCUGCCCGGCCGCCAGCUGCUGACGGUGCGGACAGAGCCACCUCUCGCAGCUCUCCUGCUGGAAGAAGGUUGUAGUGACAAUUUGAAUUGCCCAACAUGUCUUGUGAGACCUGAUUUGCGGGGCUGUUUUAGAGAAUAGACGCUCAACUCGUCGGAAGUCGUAGUUUGGAGCUCAUGUCC